ACGUCACGCUUUCCCCGCGACGAUGCCUACUUUGGGAAGAAUUUAUUACACGGCCGAGAUUAUUCGGAGACCUCAAUCCGGGAGCUGAAAAAUGGCGACCGAUGGCCAUAUCAAAUCCGUCCACCAAGUUGCGGAUGGCGAGAUCCAUGCCCCAUUGGGUUAUGGCGCAGCAGCAACAGCGAGAAACGGAUCAGCAGCAACAUCGACCCCCAACGCCCCCAAAAAUUCCACCACCGUCGCUCUCGGGGGAUUGUGGUGACCCCGACUACGAGAUCAUCGAGUUCCCGACCCAGAAACCACCCUCGACACCCCAGUGGAACGUCGGUAAGUGCGCCCUGUGCGGCACCGAGAACGUGUUUGCGCGAUGCGACACGUGCCACGAGAACUUCUGCGAGGCCUGCGACGACAUGAAUCACAAGCAUCCGAAGCGGAAGGGCCACGUUCGCAGGAGGAUCCUGACCGACAACGCGUGCAGGAGCAGACCGCCGCUUCCCCCUAAAGGGGAGAACCUGUCGUAUCCGCCGCCGGUGCCACCGCCGCGAAGACAUCGCAAGGCCACUCAGGCUAAGUCGGCGCUAGCCAAAGGCUCUAUACAUCUCCCUUUGCUCGACAAGGUCGGGAGCUUGAAGCGCAACCUUGCCAACCCGAAAGCACCGCCGGAUUCAAGAAUAUCGAAAUCUACGAAUACUUUAAACUCGUCCACCAAUGAUACUUCAGGAUCAGGAACGGACAAAAUGACUACUCUACAAGAAAGAUACAGAAAAUACCAGGAGGCGAUGAGAGCUCAAGACGCAAACAGGCGACGACAUCCGUCUUCGGACACCUCGAGGGAUACUUUGAGCGGAAGACCACUUAGCUUAGGCAGCUCGAAACCGGCACCACCGCUCCCACCUCCGCCUCCACCUAGAGCUAUGAUACAAUCGGCCAGCGUUUGCGAUUUAACCGCUGCUCACAUGUGGAAUCCGGGAAUGCAUCAGGCCCAGUCAAUGGCACAUUUAGGACCCGGCGGCAUGCCGAUGAUGUGGUACCCGCCGACCAACUCCUGGGACGUAUCGAUGAGCGGUUCCACCGUGAGUCUGCAUCAUCCAAGCAUGUGGGGAUAUCCCAUGGGUUAUCCGUCGGCACAGAUGCUGCCUCCGCAUUAUCCGGGAUCUCUUUCUAGAGCGCAUAGUCCGGCUAGAAGUAUUAAAUCCAGUAGAAGAUCGAGGCAGCCAUCACCAUCCCCCAGUCUGAAAUCUAAAAAGUCCUACGCUUCAAGAUCACGAUCGAGAAGAUCACCCGGAUCACCAUCGGACGCGAGCUCCGAAAACUCCGAUGAGUCUGAUAUAGACGACAGACUCUCCCGAGGGUCCAGGAGUAGACGCGGCAGUGUAUCCAGAAGCAUACGACAACGAAACUAUCACGACGACGAUACCAGAAGUCUCAUGUCUAGAAGUCGACGAGAGAGAUUAAUGUCCGAGGAGAGAGUAAUGAGUACUGAGGAUCAAUGGUCUGAGAGUCCAUCUAGUAAACAAUACUCGACGCCUUCGAGAAGCUACGACGUUCGCUCGGUUUCCAAAAUAGAUCGACUGGAACGCGUACAAAACGGAACUUAUCGCGAUCGUCGAAGACGAAGCACCGACGACGAGUCCUCCGAUCGAAAGAUCAACGCGCCGAGCCGAACGCGAGUGACGAGCUCGUCCAACGACCAGUUCGAGAGAGGGGAGAAUGCAUUAAAGAGAGCGUCGUCCCUUCGUAGGGACAUAAUGCUGGAUGAUCAUCGUCGCGAUUCUCGUAGAUCAUCCUUCGAGAGUGACGGUCAGGCUAGGAAGACACCUUCUCGAGAUGUGACCUCUCCAAAGAGGAUACCUGGAGAACGAACGCGCCUUUUGGAGAGACAGACUUCUCAAGGAGAUCCAGAUAGAGACAGGAAUCGCACAAACAAGGAUGAAAUCGAAUCACGCUCAGCGAGAAGAGAACAGCAGGUCCGUGACAUCUCGCGAGAGCGCGAAAUCCGUAGAUCUUCGCUUGAAUCCGACAGUCAAGGUCUUAGAAAAACAUUUUCCAACGAAACACCGAUAAAAAAACACGAGGAAAAGACGACCGGUGAUCUUCAAGAUCGCCAGCGAUCGAUCGAGAAGAGUCAACAGCUCAAGGAUUCCAUACGGACCGCAGAAGCUCAACAGCAGAGACAAGAUAGCGAUAUAAAACAGCAGCAGCAGCACUUGCAGCAGCCGCAGCAGCCGCUACUGCGAAGAUCUCAAUCCCGAGAGGAUCCAAAGACGGCAAAAAGAGACGCGGUCGAAAAUGCAUCAUCCAAGAAGAUCGCUUCCAACGAGACGAUCGGCUUGAUGGAAAUCCCGAAGGAGGAGUGGGCCUGCGAGCACUGUACCUUCAUCAAUAAGAUCAACGAUCGCGUCUGCGUGGUCUGCUGCAAAACCAAGAGUAGCGCGUUACCACCGACCACCCCGAACGACGAUCCAGUCGAGUUGCAAGCGCCGAAAAGUGAAGCGUUGAGCAAGAUCGGCGAUCCCGGUCCCGAUCUCGAGAAGCGGAUCAAUUUGUUAAAGAUCUCUAACAGCGAAGAAAGCGGCGACAACGGAUCCGUCAAGAACAAAGAUGCAAUCGUUACAGACGAUAAUCCUCUCGUGGAGAAUUCUGAAGCUACGAUCACGGCCUUAGAUUCGCGAGCAGAAGAAGUGUCAUCGAAACUGGCGGACGCAGCAUCAUCGCCGAUUGCUGAGAAUUUGGCAGCAGCAGCACCAUCACCAUCAACGUUACCGUCUUCUUCGACUACAAAUAUCUCCAAAAUAGAUACGAACGCGACGCUGCGGGAGGAAAAGGCCACGCGAGGGAAACUUUUAAAGAGUCAAUCGGUGUCUACGGGAACAUCUCCUCCACCCCAGAAUAUCUCGACUCAAACCUACGACUAUCUCCCUGCGAAAGGGACUCUUGGAAGAUCCGCAUCAGUGGCAACGUCAAAAAGUUAUCUGUAUUACGAUGACAGCGACGGAGAGGAGCAAACCAGAUUGGCGAACAGUCCCGAUCUGUAUCCGCGGAUGUUCCAGGAACAGCAGCUGAUGAUAUCCGGUCAGAGAAGCAGAGAACGGACCAGAAGAAACUCCAUCGACUCGUCCCAUCUCUAUUAUCGUUCCAGGGAAUCCAGCCAACCGAGAUAUGCGGAAGCAGGUCCCAGUUCCGGCCAGCAAGGGGGAGUUUCCACGUUGACCCGUCAGGGAUUGGAGAUCGUGGAGCUCCUGCGAGAAGCCGAGAGGCAGGGAUUCACCACCGAUGACGUUCAGGUCGCGUUGGCGCAAGGCGCGCCGAAUCCGAUCGAGUGGCUUCACACGCAGUGGCCGCAUCUGGUGGAGACGGUACGGGUCCUGGUGAUCGCGCAGGGCAAGGAACUGAGGGAGAACAGCAUCGGCGUCCUAUCGCCGGCCGAGGCAAGAGAGGCUCUACGAUCUGUCAAGGGCGACGUAUGGAACGCUGUCGCGACGGCUAUUCGGCGCAGACAGCAGAAGUGCCAGCAGAUUAUGACGAAAGGAAACUUUGCGCUCGCGGACGUUGUUAGAGCUCUCGAUAACAAUGCCGGGAUCGAGGACGCCGCUUUGCUCGAGCUGCAAAAGAAUCAGCUCAAGCCCUUUUUAAUGAGGAUCUGGGGUCCUCCGGUCGGGGUGGAGAACGACGAGGCUGCACCGCACGAAGAUGCAGCGAGUGCGGUCGGUGAUGGGACGGGGGCGGGAUCCGUGGAACAAGUUGAGAAUGUGUCCGAUACGGAGGCGCGGAAGCAGGUAAUGUCACCAAUUGUUGAUCAUUUCGUGGCGUUGCAGGCCGACUUUCAAAAGCAACUGGCGGCCCUCAGAGAACUGACCGAUAACUGGCGACACGAGAAAGACCUCCCGAAUAAACUGGGUAAUAAUAAGUCUGAUAAUCUGUACGACCGCGCUGACGAUGAUAAUAGCACUGUUCUAAUCGAUGCAAAUCUGGUCCCAAGGGCCGUACAAGAAGCCCCCGAUGUAGCGAUGCCGGGCGAUCUUGUUACGCGGCAAAGACAGGCAACCGUAGAUUCGCGGGAAGGCUCGAAGCGCUCAAAGUUGAACGCUACGAAACCGUCCGACGAGGGCCUGGAUCAAGUAGAUGCCGCGUUGCACACCGAAAUACCCGCGACAACGACGAUAAUCGAUGAUCUCGCGAGAGAGAACGCGACAGACUCGACACUCUCGCCCGAAUACUCCUCGAGAAACGACACCGCCGACCGUUCGAUCGGUGAAACCAUUGUUGAAACCAUUGUCGUACGAAUGGCCGGAUCAUCCGAUCCGCCAAAACUCGACGGCGACGUCGACGCAAAACGAUCGCGCGAGGAAGCGAGCGAAACGCGACGCGUCGACCUCGACCUCGACGUUUCGACGAUAUCGAUCGACGAAACGAUAGAAACAGCGAAGCAAGUUUCACCGAAAGAAGUAGAACAGAGAGGAUUAUCGUCAAAUGUUGAGGUUCAAGUAUCCUCCUCCUCGCUUGGAAUUUCUGCGCCCGACACAACGGAUACGGAACCAGGUCAGUCCUCUUCUCCGCAAACUUGGAGUGCUCCCGAAUUACUUAAUAUAACGGAACAUGCUGCAAACAACGAGUCACUCGUCCAAGUUGGGAAGUCAACGGAAUUGGACGAAACACUUCGCAUCUCUUUCUGGGAUUCGAGUGCUCCCCAACAAGAGGCCGAUAUGUCGCAGCAGCUGUCGCGGAAUGAUGUCUCAAUCGCGGCGAGUGCAUCCGGAAAGGAUCUUUCCACGACAGAACGAUCCGAUCAACAUGUCGCGAGGAAAGUUUCCGGGCAGAACGACGAGUCGUCGCAAGUCCUCGCGAUGGAAGUUUUGAUGUCAGCCGUGAGAUCGCUGCCGGAGCAGUUUUUGACGCCCUUCAUAACGGCGAUGCAGGUCCUGUCGCCCAAGAAAGGUGAUGCUGAUGUAACGACCGCUGACGUACGAUUUAUGAACCAAUUAAAUACUUUACGCAGCAUAAAGGUCGAAGAAACAGCCGAGGCUGAGACAAACAUCGACCCAAGGAACGACGACGACAAGAAGAAGUCUGUUCCGGCAACUGCGGAUAAAACUGAAGGGUCGCCUCUUCGGGAGAAGAAUAGUGAUAAACAUGAGAAAAAUACCAUAACAAAAUCGAGCAACAACAAAAUUAUCGACAAGAGGAACGUCAUCGAAUCAUGCGAGGUUCCGGAUUCUCAGAUGGCAAAGUCCCGGUCCAGCGUUCCAGAUAUCAAACAACAGCAGCUGGAUGUCAGAUCGGUACGUAACGCGAAUAGGGAUGAAGCUAACAUUUCGCAAACUAACAUCGCGACGGCUCUGAUAUCCGAAACGUUCUCGGAUUCGGUAGACCUCAAGUUGACGGACGUUUCCGAAGAAACGCUGACUGCGAAUAAAGCGGCAACGUUCAGCGUCGCGACAACAGAACCGAUUAAUGGAACGUUGCAAACGGACAUCGCGGAGCACAUACAUUCACGUAAGAAUUCUUUAGAGAUAGUCGCCACAUCUGCGGAAAAUGAUAGUCAGGAUAGAUCUGCUGGAGGCGAAACCGUAUCGACGGAAGGAUCAGUCGAGGAAACGUCUUCAGGUGAUUCAUCGAGUUUUCACGCGCGAUCGUUAACAUCAUCUGUGUCGCAUGAUCGAUCCAUUGUCUAUCGGGAAGCUCACGAGCUUAGAGUGGUAUCCGACGACACGUUGAUCGGUGCAUCAUCAUCAUCAUCAUCGUCAAAGGAAGCGAGCGACUCUUCCAUCGCGCCUAAUGAAAAGCUUCCCGCUGAUAACGCCUCUGCGAUCAUUGAUCCGCUUCUAAAAAAUGACUCGUCGCGAAAUCAAAUUUCACCCGCUUCUACGAAUGACUCUAACACGGAAAGAUCUGAGAUGGAUAUCUGCCAGAAGGAUGCGAUCGAUCGCGAUUCUCACGCCAAUCAUUUGUCCAUUUCGUGCGAAACGACAUACGCUACUAAUACGGAAUCCAUAAAUAAACAAGAUAUUAACACGCAGGAAUUAAAAGAACACUCGAACGAUUCAUCUCAUGUUAUCUCAUCAGCUUCGCCAGUUGCAUCAUCCGCGAAAAUUUUCGACGCGAAAUCACCGUCCGUCGAAAUACUCGAUAAUCUCGAAACGACAUUGCGUCACGAUAAAAAUGAUACAAAGCCGAGCGUUGAGAAAGAUGCGGUGCACGUUUCGGAAAAAGUAGAACAGACAAUUUUGGUCACAUAUCAUACUCCCGCGAGCGACGGUAAAGAUGAAACUACGUUGAAAGGAGCAGACGUGCCCGUCGAGCAAAGUACGACCGACGAUUUAUCCAUUACUCAAUUACGAACCGAUGAGAGUGUUCCGCUGUCAUUAACAGACUCUGCGGCGAAUUUCAAUAAUCCGGACGAUCCGGGAAAGGAGAGUAUGCUCGCCCCGGCAAAAUCCGACAGUUCAACGAUCGAAUGCACGUCGGACGUUCGAUCACUUGAGAAUCCCGUGGACGAUUUAAUUCGAGACGGACCAUCCGCUCCGACAAAUAAUCGAGAAGUAAUCGCACACGAUCGCUUAACGCAGGCGUUACGAUCCUCUCCUUCAAUCGACACUUGUCACGAAAGUACUUUGCAUGCCGAAACGUCAAAUACAUGCGACUCUGAAUCUUUGAGAGAUGUAAAAAUUUCAGAGCGGAACGAAGUAGAGUCUGUCAAAAUCUCUGAAACCUUAAAAAGUCACAUUGUCGACGAGGACUCUGUUAUAGAUACUAACGGACUCUCCGAUGAAAAUCACGAUCGAUUAAUAAAUACUAUUAAUAACACCUCCCGUGGAUUAUCCGUCGAAAACGUUCCUGCCGCAGAACCGAGCGAAAGCGUUUCGAUUCCCGCCGAGGAACCUUACCCCGGAGAUAAGGUUUCUCAAUCUGACGGGAAACGCGACGCGGAAACAUCAAAUUUCGCGACAAGAAGCAUUUUACAUGCGCUUAAAAAUAUAUUCUUCGCAUCGCAAACCGAGGAGAAAAAUAUCGCCCCGAUCAUCGACAACGAAGACUCAUUCUCGGUUCCUAUUACGACAAAUAUCGACGACGUAUCCGAUACCUUUGAAAUAAAGAUAUCGGAAUCACCCAUAAUAGCGGUGAAUGAUUGCGCACCGAUAAAAGACAUCGCGGCGAAUACCGUCGAACGCGACGAGUCGGAUCGAAUCGGUGAUGUCGAUACAAACGGCAUGCGAGAGAAUGCGAGAGACGUCGAUUCUUCCGGAAACGACAUUUCAAUCGUCGCGCGUAACGAACCGGUUAGAUCAGAAUUACCGAAUAACGAGUCGUCGGAAAAGAGUACGAGACAACCUCGUAAAAGCGUAAUCGCGAAACCCGUCGUAAAGGAUAGAUCGCCCCUUAAAAAAAUCGUCCGAAGAAAGUCGCCCGUUAAGGUGGUGAGAAAGUUCACUGGCGUACCGAGAAAAGGUUCGCCGCGUAAAAGCACGAGCCCGAAUAGUACGACCGUCACAAAAGCGAGGGCAACGGCUAGCGAGAUUACCAAGACGUCGAAUCGAGCAAUACGAAACAAUGACUCGCGAAUUAAAGAAUCCGUAAAAUCGACGUGCACCGCGCGCGAUAAGACAGACAACGGAAGUAAGUUGAUUAUGAAACUAUCGGGUAAACCUAUUAAACAAUCGUUAACUAACACCAAUCUGCAAAGAACUGCGGGAAAUAACAAAACGAAUAAAAAUAAAGAAGUUUCUACGUCCAAUACGGAAAAGAUACUCGCGAUCGAUAAUCUCGAACCGUCAAUUAAUAUUAAAAAAUGUAACGAGAAGAAAUCGGAAAAUACCGAAAAUAAAAAGCUCGAACGUUGUAAAAAUAAAAUGAUUGAAGUUAAUCGAAAUAAAAAGGCGGAAAUAUCCAAAAAUAUUGAAAUGGAUAUUUCUGAAAAUCGAGGAGUAAAAGAGAUUGUAAAUCGCGAAACUGAAAUGUCAAAUGAUAACAAAAUGUCGAUGAAAGUGCUGUCGACAAAAAAUAGAAACGAUAAUUCGAAAUCUAAAAUAUCUUCACCGUCAAAGAUACCCGUUUUGAUACAUCAAAAAAUCGCGCGAUCUGCAAAUAUCGUCCCACCGAGCUCUUCUAAAACAAAUUUAAACGACAAACUAUCGUUAAAAAACAUAUCGACUAAAUUGCCGAUAGCGUCGCAAGCAAUUUCGAAAUUAUCUUUGAAAACCCAGGAAAAAGUUAAGAUACCGAGUUCACCGAUCGUGCGGAAAGUCGAUUCGAAAGAUAAUUCGAAGACGGAUCGAAUUGAAUCUAGUAAUGGCAAAUUAAAUCCAGCAAAAACAAUUGAAAUUACAGAAAAUGCAAAAGACGAGCAGAUUCUAGAAGAGAAUCAUGCUGAAAGAAGCGCCGUGGAAGAAACCGAGGAGCUUCCGAAAGUUGAAUCAAUACAAUCGGAAUCUACAUUAGACGAGAAUUCGCAAGAGUCGAGCUCGAUGUGCAACAAUGAUUUGUCUGCAACUUUUAACGAACAAUUGGAGAUUGAAAACGCAAUCGAGGAGAGCUCCCAUGCCUUGAGCUCCGAUUCCGAGUAUUCCGAGAGCGGCGAGGACACAGAAACGGCGAAGUACAUCUCCGAUCAUAACUCGGAAUGCAAUUCCGUCGAGGAGUUCACGGACGCAGAAUUGUUGUUAGAGAAAACACUAAACGAGAUAAGGUCUGAAAUAUCGGAAUCCGAAGAGGAACGGACGAGCGGGUCCGAGGAGAGCGGGAGAGAUAUCACUUGUUCCUACGAAACAGAAAGCCACGAUCGUGAUUCCGUAUUGUCCGAAAGUACGGUCGAUGAAUGGGAGAUUAAGUCAAGCGAGCUUGAAGAUUCGAUGGAAGAAGAUGUGUACGAGGAGCUACCAUCCGAAGGAGAAGAGACGAAUAUACAACACGAAGUCUCGGAACAACAACUCGAGAUGGCCGUUAAAGAAGCCGAUGAUACAAUACACGAGGAAGUCGACAUUUCGAAUAGAGCGGAAAGUAAUUCUGAAGUUGCGCAAGAAGAUGAAAGGAAUAAUUUGGAUCCAUUGAAGGAAGCUAUCGUAGAACCAAUUCAACCGGAAAUAAUCGCGGAGAUCGAUGAGAUGGCAUCGAAACUUUCUCAAAACCUUGAAAUCUCGGAUUCUAACGCUGCCGUAGCUGAUUCCGCGAUAGCGUUUUCAGCAAAGUUCGAGGAAAGUACAGAAUCAAAGGAGGACAUCCAGUCAAAAGCGACCGACUCAAAGAGAAGUGAGUUGAAACUCGAAGACGCAAACAGAAUCGAGGAAAGAGAUCAGUCGACAGUCAUGCAGAAUGAUAAGACGAGGAAAGUGACGAGCGCGAGACGGGCCAAGAUAGGCCGAAGGGCGAGUACAGGGAGCAAAGAGGUCAAAGUCGGGAGAGACGUUGACGACGACGACGACGACACGUUAAAGGGGGUGGAUCGGGCGAAAGCGCCGAGGAAACGAUUUUCUCUCGUAGCCAGUUGCAUCCGUCGGUUCGAGGGCGAGGAGAAUACCGAAAGGACACGCGUGGAAAGCAUCAGGCGCAAGAGACAGGGAUCUCCCAAGACGGAGCGGGAGAGAAUAGCGCGUCGUCUCUUGGCGGAAGGUCGGGCUGCAAAUUACGACGAGGCCGAGGUCGCCGCUAGUUUGCUGACCCUCAAGUUCGGAGAUGCCGAGGCGCUCCAAGCCGCGAAAGAAUGUUCCAGCAUAGAGUCGGCGCUCGCCUUCCUGCAGCAAGAGUGCGAGCUGUGCACCGGUCGUUUCGCAAUGAGUCAAAUGAUCUCCAUGCUCAAGUGCAUACACCGCUGCUGCAACGAAUGCGCAAAGAAUUACUUCACCAUCCAAAUUAGCGAUAGAAACAUCACGGAUGCCGUUUGUCCGUUUUGCAAAGAACCUAAUCUCAAGGACGCAAGCGAGGACGAGGUCCUCGAAUAUUUCAGCAAUCUGGAUAUACAAUUGAAAACCUUGCUCGACCCGCCGAUCCACGAGCUUUUCCAGAGGAAGCUCAGAGAUCGGACUUUGAUGCAAGAUCCGAACUUCAAGUGGUGCAUUCAGUGUUCAAGUGGAUUUUACGCAGAUCCUGACCAGAAGCGUCUGAUCUGUCCCGAUUGCCGAUCUGUCACCUGUGCCUUUUGCCGAAGACCGUGGGAGAAACAGCACGAGAGAAUCUCGUGCGAAAAAUUUGCCGUUUGGAAGGACGAGAACGAUCCUGACAAUCAAGCCGCAGGUUUGGCCAAACAUCUCGCCGAUAAUGGCAUCGACUGUCCUAAGUGCAAGUUCCGUUAUUCGUUAUCUCGUGGAGGUUGCAUGCAUUUCACCUGCAGCCAGUGUAAAUAUGAAUUCUGCUGCGGUUGUGGCAAAGCUUUCAUGAUGGGAGCGAAGUGCACGGUUAGCCCCUAUUGUGCCAAACUGGGCCUGCACGCCCAUCAUCCGCGCAAUUGUCUCUUCUACCUUCGCGACAAGGAACCCGCGCAGCUGCAACAGUUACUCAGAGAGAACGGCAUCGAUUACGACACCGAGGGUCCGGUCGGGGAACGCAAGUGCAAAGUGCAAUUGCAGAAAGAAACGCCGACCGGAGUCCUGGACACUAUAUGCAAUUCCGACGUCAUGGAGGGUCACGCUGGUCUGUGCAGGAUUCAUUACAUCGAGUAUCUAGUUCAAAAGAUCCGUAUGACGCGGCUGGAACCGAUGCCCUUGCUAAACGUGGACGAUCUCGAAACGUGCGUGCGACGCGCCGGGCUGAAACUGCCCGCGAACUGGUACGGUCGCGACCCGCAGCAUUACAAGAACGACCUGGUCGAGCACUACAUUGAGUACUUGGCGGGCCUGGUGCUCAAGGGCAGGCUGGACCCUGUGACGAUCUUUGACUUGAACGACGCCAAGCAAGAGCUGCGCCGACGGGGAAAAGUUCCCCCUGCGAAGGACCAGGAAAUGUCCGAGCGGGAUUAUCUCGAGGCGUGCAUUCAGGUCGUAAAAAAGGAGAUUCCACUGGAGUGACUAUGGAAGGAUAUUUCAGAAAAAACACUCGUACACCUGAAGUCAUAAGUGAGAGAGAUAGAACGUGUAUCUUGUGCAGCGUGUAUUUAUUUUAAUUUGUAUACACUAUACAUGUGAAAGAGCCCCCUUCACCACAAGUGAAAUUGAUAUAGGACCAUAAAAAAUGAAUAAUGUGCAGAUGUGGAUAUAAUUAUGUCGCAAAAAUUUAUUUAUUUUUUAACAUGACGAUAAUGUGCGAUUUGUAUGUUAAUUCGCGUAGCGUUAAUUUAUUCGUGAUAGAAACAUUGCGAGAAGAAAUAGUGUUUAUAUUUCUCUAGAGACUCUACUUGUUAACAACCAAAGAUUUGCAAUAAUUGAAUGUUUCUUCAAUGAUGGAAAAAAUAUUUAUCUCAAUGGAAUUUAUAAUUAGUGUUUGAAAAUAUAUAUUUAUUUUUCUUGUCUUUAUAUAACUGUUUUUCAACAAAUAGACGAUUUAAUUAAAGAAGU